CAGGAGAAUCAUGGAAAAAUGAAUCAAUCAAAAUCAAAGACCGUUAUAAACGUAUGGCAAAAAAUGUAAAAAAAGAGUUUAAAAAAAAAGUUACUUCUCUUUGUUUUAUCCACGGCAAUCUGACUGGUACAGAUUAUAAUGAAACCAAUCCUCCCAUGGAUCUAAACUCGCCAAACACUAUCCACCAUAAUUAUCCACUUAAUAUUGACCAGAACUCUUCAGGCACCACCUACUAUGAUCCUCCCAUGAUCCGAAAUUUUCAGAAUAUAGACCAAAACACUUCGGACACUAUUCACCAUAAUCAUACAUUUAUAACUACAAACAUUUGCUCCACGCAGCAAACCUAUCCUCAUAU